AUGCCCCCGACUUUCUCCCGGUGGGAGGUCUGGGUGGCUAUUAGCCAGGGGGAACCCGUGAACCUUCGCAUGUAUAGGCACACGUCGAUCUGGUACGUGGACAGGCAGACGGACCAGGCUUUCUUCUUCCACGCUGUCCGUCGGAUGGGUUUCCUCCGGAUCGAGAUGGUGGAGGGCUUUGACAUCACGUACCUGCAGAGCAUAGAAGACAAGUUCCAGGUCGGGACCACCGUAGUCCGCAAGAGACGUGGCGACAUCUCCUCCCUCAUGGGCCUAGUCGACGUGCCGCUGGCCUCCCCAGGCUUCGACUCUUACUCGACUACCCCGUUCCUCGGUUGA